AAAAGGCAAAGCCUCCGGCCCGGCAGUGGGGGAGAGAGAGAGAGAGCUCCAUCUUCCACGGCGACGACGACGGCGGCGGCGGCGGCGAGGGGAGGAGGAGAUGAAGCUGAAGCAGCUGGAGGGUCUCCUCGGAGACCUGCAGCAGUUCACCGCACCCAAGGUGGAGCUGGAGCAGUAUGCAACGGGCCCUCACAUCGCGUCGCGGAUGCUCUACACGGUAGCGGAGAAUAGUUUUGAUGACAUAACUGGCAAAGUGGUGGCUGACUUUGGCUGCGGGUGUGGCACCCUGUCUGUGGCAAGCUCUCUGCUGGAUGCUGAGCAUGUUGUUGGAAUUGAUAUUGACCCGCAAUCCCUUGAACUUGCUCAAGAAAAUGCUGCAGAUCUAGAGCUGGAUAUCGACUUAAUUCAGUGUGAUAUAAAGAAUUUAAAUUUGAGAGGCCUUCUUGUUGACACUGUUGUCAUGAAUCCUCCCUUUGGGACAAGCAGAAAAGGAGCUGACAUGGAAUUCAUUUCUAUGGGCAUGAAGGUUGCCACUCGAGCUGUCUAUUCGCUACACAAGACUUCUACCAGAGAACACAUCAAGAAGGUAGCCUUGCGCAACUGCAAUGCCAUAAGUGCCGAGGUUCUAUGUGAGCUCCGCUACAACCUACCACGGACAUACAAGUUUCACAAACAAAACGAGGUUGAUAUCGCCGUCGAUUUUUGGCGGUUCGUGCCACGAGCCCGAGACGAAGGUAGCACUGCAUGCUCUGUUACCAACCUUAAACAGAGAAGAAUGCACAGAUGAUCCUAAAACAUUUUCGUAGCGGUUUUUUAGCGGUUCAGCCGUGUUGUGUCAUCUCUCGCGCAGUUGGCCAUGUGAUGAACUUGGAUCUUUUGAUUGCGAAUUUGUGAUUGCAACGAAGGUAUAUGUGUUCGUACAAGUACAAUGCUCUUUUUUUUUUCUUUUGAAAGUGGUCGUUUAACAUUUUGAUGAUGCGUAAUAAUAGUCCAUCUCUCUGAGCA